UUUGAUAUCUAGAAACAAAGCUGAGAGGCAGAGUGGAUGCUGUUUGAGGUCUUACAAGGAUUAUUUUUAAUCUUCCAAAAAUGGCCAACCUUAUUGUUAUACCUGAGACAGGCUUGGCUGAUGAGCCCAUGCAAAUUAAGGUCACAGGACUCCAACCUUCCCAAAAAGUGACUAUUCGACUGACACUCAAGGAUGACAAGGGUCAACUCUUCCAGUCACGGGCAUUCUAUGAAGCUGACAAUGCAGGAGAAGUCAGCUUAGAUAAAAUUGCUGCAUUAGGAGGAACCUACCAAGGCGUAUACCCCAUGGGUCUUGUUUGGUCUCUGAAACCAUUAAAGCCUUUUCAAAGGCCUAUGAAAAAAGAUGUUGCGAAUUGCCCAUUUGAGUACACUGUGGAUUUGUUUGAUAGCUUGUCAUUAGGAUUAUCUGCUGAUCCACAGCCUACUCUAACCAAGACAUGUACAAGAUGGCAUAUGACUCCAGGAAUACAAAAAACCCAAAUCAAAGAAGGGAAGAUUCGAGGCACUUUAUUUUAUCCUACAGGAGAAGGAUCAUACCCUGGUAUAAUUGACCUGUUUGGUGGAGGUGGAGGCCUUGCAGAAUACCGUGCUAGUCUCCUUGCCAGUCAUGGAUUUGUGGUUCUCGCUCUGGCAUAUUUUGCAUAUUCUGAUCUACCACAAACAUUUCAAAAACUACAUCUGGAAUAUUUUAAAGAAGCCGUAGAUCUGCUUCUAAAACAUCCAAAGGUUUCUAAGCCUAAAGUUGGAGUUUUGGGUGCCUCAAAAGGUGCAGAGGUUGCCCUGGUAUUGGCUUCCUAUUUACCACAAGUAGGGGCUACAGUUAGCAUUAAUGGAACUUGCUAUGUAUUUGGUGGCACAAUGUACCAUGAAGGUAAAGUUCUUAUUAAAGGAACACCUUAUGUGCAGGAGAAGAUGGUGAUUACUGCAGAUGGUUUCCUGAAAACUGCUGGGUUUUAUGAAGAUUCUCCUGCUUCAUCCAUUCCAGUGGAGAGAGCACAAGGGCACAUCCUUUAUAUUACUGGGGAAGCUGAUCAAUAUUUUAACAGUAAACAUUAUGCUAAAGUGGCUUUAUCCAGAAUGAAGAAACAUGGACGGAACAAUGGAAGGAUGAUCUCCUAUCCAGGAGCCGGUCAUCAAAUAGAACCUCCAGGAUUCCCUUUUUGCUGGGCCUCAUUCCUACGUGGCCAUAAUAUAGCACUCCUAGCGGGUGGAGAGAUGAUCCCUCAUUGUGAAGCAGAGGAAUCAGUCUGGAGAGAAAUUCAGUUGUUCUUUCGUCAGCAUCUGAAUCUUUCUAGCAAUCUAUAAAACUGAUUAUAAGGAAACAUCUAUUAUGUCAGGCAAACUGUUACUGACUUUCUUAAAUCAUUGAAAUGUACUUGCUAUAAUGCCAUUUUGUAUAAGCUUAAGUAUUUGCAUUGUUGAAGCAAUAUCUGAAUUGAUUAUAUUCAACCAGUGAAUUAAUUAAUAUUAUAUGAAUUUUCUAGUGCAGGUCUUGAUGGGACAAGGGUGUUCUCUUUGGGGUUAUGCAUCGCGCCCUCAGGCCCUGCACUAGGCAUAACAUAGUGUAUUAGUUUUAUUAGUUUUUGUCAUUGUUGGCCUAUAAACUCUUGGCAACACACACCAUAUAUUUACUUCCAAUACUGUAAAUGUAUGGCACAGUGAUGAGGGUGGCACAAAAACCACUAAACUGAUGAAGGACAGCAGAUAUUUACAAAGCUCACAACCAGAAUCUUGGCUUAAAACAAAAAUAUAUUGUACAACUGAUAAUGAUCUAGCCUGCUCUAGAGCCAUUUGUAAAAAAGAAGUAUAUGAUAUGUUCUUGGUUACUGAAGUCCUUCCCAGUCAGUUCGUUUGGUCUGUGUUUAGGUAAUACUUACUUACUGGUUAUGACGCCCCAUCGCGUUCUUUUGAUUGCUUCUCUGAACCUAAUGUGCUCAGUGCUGGCGAGAAGAAGCACUUCUAGUGCACAAAUUUUAUUGGCUUACAGUAUCUGAACAAUAACAAGAAUCACUCCACUGCCCAUGUACAAGUGAAUCUGAAAGGGAAUAAGACCACCACAAGCUGCCAGAAUGAAUAUGAAACUUUAUGCUUUGCAUGAUCUAACAAAGAAAUGUAAUUAAUCACAGGAAAAUUUCUUUAUGUCUCCCUCUUGUACUACCCCCGAAAAAUUAUAUGUAUAUCAGACCUCUCAACAGCUAUAAAAUAAACAAUUAUUACCACUAAACAACAAUAAACAA